ACAAUUAGUUCGUAAUCUAUUUGCGUAGAUAAGACGUUAUCUGUCAUUGGCCUCAAAGUCUUUUACUUCAGUCAGGCGAUUAAACAAAAUGUUCUCUACUCUACUCCUGUGUGCGUGUGUCGGUGCAGCAGUGUCGCAAACUGUACCAUGCGGAUCUCCAACAGUGCAGCCAAUCACCAACCGUAUUGUCGGUGGUCAAAUAGCUAAACCUGGAUCAUGGCCCUGGAUGGUUUUAUUGGUUGACGAUCUCGGAUUUAUUUCCGGAAGUGGUGCCGUCAUUCAUCCAAACGUGAUUCUCACGUCAGCCCAACAUUUUGAAGGUCAUGGAUUCUCUCUGUACGACCUUGACCUUCAUUUCUGGAGGGCAUACGCUGGAGAAUACAACAUCACAACAACAGAUCCUCAUGAAAAAUAUUACCACGUUAAACGUGUUGUCCUUCAUCCUGGUUACAACUACACAUCCUUGGAAAAUGACAUCGCUUUAGUAAUUACAACACAGCCUAUCCAGUUCAACGACCACACACGUCCAGCUUGUCUCCCAGAUGCCAGUCACACAUACACGGUCGGUGAGACAUGCUAUCUACCUGGAUGGGGCAGCACAGCAACAACCGGAAAUGAAGAAGUUUUGAACCAGGUUGAUCUCCCAAUCCUGGAUGACAGCGUGUGUGCCAAUGAGUUCCCUGUAUACCUAACCAAUAAUGAACUGUGUGCUGGAUAUAAAAACCAGGGCAAGGACUGGUGUGCUGAUGAUAUUGGAAGUCCUUUGAUGUGCAAGGAUCAGAGCGGAGCAUGGUACAUUCAAGGUCUAGCAUCUUCCGGUGGUGAUUGCACCAAGGCCGAUCAGCCAAGUGUGUUCGAAGAUGUUCCCCAGUAUUCUGAAUGGAUCAAGAAGACAAUGGAAGAGGCCGGCUACGGUUACCAAUAUUAGUUCAAUAUUAGUUCGAAUAAAUCUAUAGACACCUAAUUCUUUAUAAUAUAGUGAGUGAUUCAAUAAAUUUUGGCCAACAUGAAAGAUGA